AUGGCUAGUCCUGGCCACCAUAAGUAUCCCCCACGCCAGUAUACACCCGCAAAUCCGACUGGGCCAUUCCCGUAUUCAUCACACGAUAUGACGCCCAUGGACCCGUCAUUAGACACGAACUUCUAUUCCACGCCUCGCUUUGUCACGCAUAUCGAUGACAACGCCAUAGUCAAUCUCAAGCAGUACUACGACGUAUUCUUGCCGCAGUCAUCCUCAUCGGAGCAUCCCUCAAGCUCAUCGAAGCCAGUCAGUAUCUUAGACAUAUGCUCAUCCUGGGUUUCACAUUAUCCGCCCCGGAUAGCAGCCCCGGCAUCAAAGACCGACGGCGAUGUGAUUGUCGUUGGCACCGGCAUGAACGAUGCUGAAUUGGCUGCAAAUCCCGUGCUGAACCCUACGGCAUCAGGCAAGGCUCGGGAUGGAGAGACCAGACGACGAAGGUGGUGGCUACAGGACCUGAACGCCCACCCAAAGCUCAACGUCCCACGGGAUCUUGCGAAUGAACUCUCGGACACCGACAAGGGCACGGCAGGCCAUCUGGACGCCACAACAUGUGUCGUCAGCAUCGACUAUCUCACUUCCCCUGUAGGGAUCUUGUCGUCGGUCCGGACGCUCACCAAGCCUGCAGGGACGAUCCACCUCGUCAUAUCGAACCGCUGCUUUCCGACCAAGGCUGUGGGCCGGUGGCUCAAAGUCGACGAACCGGCACGGCUGGAAAUGGUGGGUGACUACCUCUGGUGGAGUGGAUGGCGAAGCAUCGAGAUAGUCGAAGUCGUGGCACCAGGCAGCUGGUUGAAAGAUCCGCUUUGGGUCGUUAGAGGCACGAAUCCUGGUUAG